GAGUGUUCUCUAGGUCCACUGUCUGAUAGCAGCUGACUUCAUUUAUUGAAAAGCCUGCUACAGCACUGGAACGGCUUCUUCGAUUCCUUAAAAGGGGUCUGCGGAUCACUUACAUUGUCUUUCCCCUCAGUCGGCAGUUUACACGGUUGGUAUUAUAACUAACAUUCAGGGAGAAAAAUCACUGCACGGUCUUGGAGAAGCCGCCCAGUAGCACAGGUGAAAAGACCAUUUUCCGCAUUUGGCGGAGGGACUGACUGCAUCGGGAUAUCAGCGACAGGACGCGUCGUCUAAAUCGGUUUGAUUGACAGCCCUCUGGACGAGACGGCGGCGCAGUCCCUUGGAACCCUGCCCUCGGCCCGUCCCCUCCGCUCCCCCCCCCCCAACCCCACCCACCCCCCCCUUUGUCCGGGAGAACCGUCCAGCACAUCACCAGUUCCAGCAGCGGCCGCGCCAGACCCCCCGUGCCUGGCUGGACCCACGGAAGGGGCCUUCCCACGGGGACGCAGAGAGCCCGGUGCCGCCACGCAGUUCUUCGACCCCCCGGGGGACAGUGACAGUGUGCACAGGAACACUUUAAGGACUGUUAGUCAUGAGUGAAUUCUGGUUGUGCUUCAACUGCUGUAUCGCAGAGCAGCCCCAGCCGAAACGACGGAGGCGUAUCGACCGGAGUAUGAUCGGGGAGCCCACCAACUUCGUCCACACGGCCCACGUGGGGUCGGGAGACCUCUUCAGUGGCAUGAACUCGGUGAACUCAAUUCAGACCCAAAUGCAGUCGAAGGGCGGCUACGAGGGAGAGGCCAUGCCAGUCAACGUGCAGCUGCAGAUGGUCGACACUAAAGCAGGAUAGCAUGCUGGCUCUGAGGUUCAGUCGGUGUUUCCUCAUCCUGGAGCCUUGCCUUGGCUUGCCCUGCUCUCCCUCCUCUUCCUCCUCCUCCUCUUCCUCCUCCUCCUCCUCCUCCUCCUCCUGUUCAUGCCCUCAGUGACUGCUUCCACCUACCCCACUCACGCAGCAGACACCCUGGACAGUGGCGCAGUAAAGCACUUACCGAAUGAAUGAAUGAGGCCGCCGAGUGUGGGUGAUGCUUCUCUUCACCAGAGGGGCCUUUCUGGCGUACAGGAAUCAACACGAGCGGCAUUCCCUCGCUUUCUCUCUCUCUCUCUCUCUCUCUCUCUCUCUCUCUCUCGCUCGCUCGCUCGCUCGCUCGCUCGCUCGCUCUCUCUUUCGGUGUGUGUCUCCUGUGGAUGCUCGCAUGUCAUCUUGUCCCUGCCAGUGCUAAACUGUGUUAAUGCUUAUUCUCUCUGUCUGUGAUGUUGCCGUGAGCGGUUGUUAUUCUCUCGACAUGUAAUGUUUCGGAGUUCUGAAACCGACCAGUGCAAAUGUUUAAUUUGUUGUAUGUUUUUUGUUUUUUUUUGGUUGCUUUAUAUAUUUUUGCCAUGAACAGAAUAUUUCUUUUUGUAUUUUGAGGUAGGCCACCAGUAUCACACUGAGUUUGUGGGGGAAAAAUGAAAAUGGCUUGCUGCGGUUUUACGGUGCCAAAAUGGCUGUUGCUUUUGUAAAAAAAAAAAAAAAAAAUAUCAUAAAUACAGAACAUAAAAUCGACUAUAAUAACUUCCUUUUCGGACAAGAAGUACAUUGUGACUCCAGCAAAAGUGAAUGCUGUUCAUAGGAAAUGUGAUUGUUUCGUUUCUGUUUACAUUUGAUUUACUGUUUUAAUCCUUUUUUUUUUCUUUUUUUUCUCCUAGUGAUCAUAAAUGAUUGGAAUAAGUGUUGAAUGUUGAAGUGCCUAGCUGGCACUUAACUCCAACUCUCUGCUGUAAACAUCGUUUUCUGUAAACUUGACUCCAAGACUCCAGAGCUCUAGUGUAUACGCUGUACAUUGACAUGUAAAAAAAAAAAAAAAAUGAUAUUUAAGUAUUAGUCCUCGGUACCAGUGCGGUUGUCAUACCUACAUGGCAAAUGGCUUAACUGGCCAUCAGGCCCUAGGGGAAAUGUAAACAUACCUCUAGCCUGUUCGAUUGCCAAAAUCAGUCACUGGUGUUCUCGAAACUUGUAACACGUUUUAUAAGGAACCAGAAGCCAACCUCAUAUAGCAAAUGUCUUCCGUGGUCUUAUAACAGAGACCAUUGGGUAAAGCCUUGGCAAAAUUCACAUUAUUAUUUCAAAGCAUAGGCUGAGGUGCUUGCCACAAGUCAACAGGGUGAAUUUCUUACCAACUAGAAUAGGUGACAUUUUGCUCAGGUUCAACGCUGUGUUCUUCAUUUUUUGAACAGAGAACUCAAUUAUUUCAUAUUGCAC